AUGCCCCCUUCUACUUAUUCUUGUAGCUCUGAACAAACGGAGAAUCAAACUAAUGGUACUAAACAGAAUCAACCAAAAGUGAAAAGCGUAGCCGAACUAGUCAGUAUAGAUUUCGAAAAGUAUGAACGCAAAAUAAAAAACGCAAAAGUUAGGGCUCGGUCAGAAUUGGACAUUUUCGAAUGGUCAAAACAUGGUUACGCUAAAAAUAACUAUUGGAUACCACCAUUCGCGGACAAAGUUCCUCGGAUUGAAGAAUCAAAAGUUUCUCGAGAAGAAUUUAUUGAGAAAUAUGAAGCUCCCGGUUUACCAGUUGUCAUUACUGGAUGUACAAAAGGCUGGCCAGCAGAGGUUAAGUGGAAUAGGGAGACACUUCUUAAAAAAUUUGAAGCUUACAGAUUUAAAGUCGGUGAAGAUGAUAAUGGGAAUCCUGUUCGAAUGCAAUUCAAAUAUUACUUACAUUAUUUAGAAAAUGAAGCUAUUAGGGACGAUAGUCCUUUAUAUAUUUUUGAUUCUUCUUUUGGUAAGCUGAAAAGGUCAUCGCAAUCGGUUGCAAAAAAAGACGAACCCUCUAAGAUCCAAGACAAACCUUUCGAAGUACCAAAGAAACAGUAUCGUCGUCCAUGCUUGUUGAGAGAUUAUAAACCUCCCAAAUAUUUCGACGAUGAUCUUUUUCGUUUUACGGGUGAAAAACGCCCACCCUAUCGUUGGUUCGUUCUUGGCGGUGAAAGAAGUGGUACUGGGAUGCAUUUUGAUCCAUUGGGUACUUCUGCUUGGAAUACUUUAUUAGUUGGACAUAAGAGAUGGUGUCUUUUCCCACCUUCAACUCCUCGUAAAAUAAUUGAUCCAAAAAUGCAAGGUUUAGAUCACGAGGCUGUGUCAUGGUUUACUCAUGUAUUUCCUAUUUUAGUUAAAGGUAACGGCCAAGAGGAGAGUUAUGCUGAAAAAUUUGGAAUGAUUCAGGUGUUGCAAAAACCCGGUGAAACAAUGUUUGUACCAGGAGGAUGGCAUCACGUGGUCAUGAAUCUAGAUUUUACGAUAGCUGUCACUCAGAAUUUUUGUUCGCCAACUUCAAUUGAGCACGUUUGGUUGCGUACAAGGAAUGCACGUCCAAAACUUGCACAAAAACUCUUAACUAAACUUACUAAAUUAUCUAAUGUUGGAGGCAAGAGACAUGACAAGGAAUUCUAUAUAGUUCUCGCGAAUAAAAUCAAACUUUUAGAUACAGUUCCUGCAUUCUUUGAAAGUAGUACUAGUAGUAGCAGCAGUUCUUCAUCUAGUUCUAGCAGUAGUUCGUUUGUUGAUGAUUAUGAAUUGGAAGUGAGUGAAACUCAGAGUGAGACAGAAGGUAGUGAUGGAGAAUGUCAUUGUUAUAAUUGUAAGAUGAAAAGGAAAAGAAAGAUCAGAAAAGAAAAACCUGAAAGAAUUAAACAGAGAGAGGAACAUGAAAGACAAAAGAUAGAAGGGCAACAAACCAUCAGAAUUAUUGGAAAUAAAGGGAAAAGAAACCAUGAUAGAAUUAUGAAUGAAGAUGUUAGAGAUAAGAAAAAAAGAAAAGGAAUAUAA